AUGGCCAAAGACUAUAAUGUGGUUGUUGAAGUGGAAGACGAUCAUGGUGCUGAAAGGCAAACUUUGGAAUUUCAAGAUUUUUCUUCUGGCUCAGGCGUAGGCGGUAAAAUAACCGCCGAUAAGCAAGCUUCGUCAAGUCUUGGUGGAUUUAAUGAUCCAUUUUACGACCCAAGUCAAUCCCGACCUGAAGUUCAAAAUGGGCAAGCACCAAUUUGGUCUGUUGAAUAUUAUGCUCAGUUUUUUGAUGUAGAUACUUUUCAGGUUCUUGAACGUGCAUCAAAAAGCCUAUUUCCUAAAGAUAAUUUUAUAGAGGUAGUUGGCAACAAUCCCGACUUAUAUGGUCCUUUCUGGAUCGCUACCACAGUGGUAUUUCUUCUCUUUGUAACUUCAACAAUAGCGGCCUCUAUUAAUGCUAUUAUGCACGAAGAGAAAGUCACAUACCAUAUUGAAAUCCUGUCAUUUGGUGCUAUGGCAAUAUACAUCUACGCUUUUGGUUUGCCGUUAUUAAUUUGGGGAGGCCUAAAAUAUCUUGGUUGUAAACCUUCGCUUUUGGAUACUAUUGGAUUGUAUGGUUAUGGAUUAACUGUAUGGCUCCCCAUUUCGGUUGUAUGUGUUGUGCCGUCAGAAAUCUUAAGAUGGACAUUAGUUAUUGUUGGUUUUUGUGUUUCCGGAUUUUUUAUUACACGAAAUCUAUACCCAGUAAUUUCGCGUGCAGACUCGAAGACCGCACGAAUAUUUAUUAUCGUUAUUGUGGUUGCACAUGCAGGAUUUUCAUUUCUCCUGGAAAGAGAAUUUUUCUCGUUGAGUGAAAUUUUCGUAUUAAAACAAAAUUAG